AUGUACCACAAAAGGGAUUCCCAUGACACGAAGGAAUGCAAGGUCCUCAUCGGGCAGUUUUUCGACGAGAUCACUAAUGGGACAAUCCAAAUGCCCACCUCUCCUACGACACCGAAAAACACCAAAAGCUGGAGUAAGAGCAAGGAGAAGAAGGCACAGAAGUCUCAAAAGAACACGGCCCCGAGCGAGGAAAGAGCAAGCCCUGAGCGUACUCCCAUCAACAACGUCGGCCCCGCCAACGAUUCGUCGGAAGACGAACACCCGCGUCGCCGACAGCGAGUGGAAGUCAUACUCUCUCGUCCUUACGACUCCUCUGAUGACGAUGUCCCGACAGUGCAACCAAAUCUGCGCGAUAUAUUGGACAGCAAGGAUAAGCAAUCUCUCGCUCCCUCGACAACAGAUAAAGACCUGCGCACUCUAUUGAAGCGAAAAAGCGCCACGAACGAAAACACAGGAACCGCCGACCUCCGUGCGACCAUUUCAAAAUGCAACGCUCGGAGAGUCGGUCAAACUGGCGACCUUUGCGACCAGCUCAAUUCGAAGGCCGACGAUCUGAGAAUCCAACUCAACCGUUUGAAAGGGUCCGAUCUGCGACGCCGUCUCGAAUCAAAAAAGAAACAGGCCGCAGAAACUCCUACAUUCGAGAACACAACUGACGAUUUGAGGAAGCAACUCGAAUCAAUGCGAGCUACCCGAGCCCCGCACAUUAGUGUCAUAAUGGGCGUAUCACCACCUUGCGGUGACUCGGUUCGAGCCGUCAAAGAUUACAAACGUCAAGCAACCACCUCUCAGAAGUGGCCUUCUCCAGUUGAAAAUGAUCACCAGAUCACUUUUUCGGCACUAGACACCAAGGGCGUCCACAUGCCAUAUAACGAUCCUCUCCUCGUCGACCUGGACAUCGGCGAAUGUCUGGUCGCAAAAGUCCUUAUCGAUACCGGCAGCUCAGUCGAUCUCAUCUUUCGCGACACACUUGACAAGAUGGGAGUCGAUUUACGAGAUAUGAAGCCUUCCUCUCGCACGCUCACCGGCUUCAACGGAGCAUCGGAGCAAAUGAUCCGGACAAUUCGCCUUCCAGUUUACGCAGGGGGUAUAACCCGCACCGUCAAGUUCUCCGUCAUCCGCGCCAAAGCACCCUAUAAUGCCAUACUCGGAACACCAUGGCUGCAUUCCAUGAAAGCCGUCCCUUCGACUUAUCAUCAAUGCGUCAAAUUUCUCGGAAAAGAUGGCAAAACUCAGACGAUUCAUGGAGAUCAGCAAGCCGCGGGAGAACUACUGAUCGCAACUGUAAAAAUGCAGCAACAAGAUUCCCUUGUCAACUCCGUCAGUAAACCGCUCAACAAGAUAUACCCCAGAAGGAGGAAGUUCGCGAAGUCGCAAUUGAUGAAUCCGACCCGACGAAAAUCAUCCGAGUUGGCGUCUACCUGCCCGACGACGUAUGUUCAAGGAUUAUCUCUUUCGUCAAAGACAACGCCUCGACAACGAUCUAAAGCCGUAAACGAAGAAGUCAACAGGCUCCUCGACGCGGGUUUCAUUACCGAAGUACGCUACCCCGAAUGGUUGGCUAACCCGGUCGUCGUCAAAAAGAGAAACGGCAAAUGGCGCAUAUUCGUCGACUUCACGGACCUCAACAGGGCGUGCCCAAAGGACAGUUAUCCACUCCCUCAUAUUGAUCGUCUCGUCGAAUCAACUGCUGGUAACGAACUUCUAACCUUCAUGGACGCGUUCUCGGGAUACAAUCAGAUCUUGAUGCAUCCCGACGAUCGCGAGAAGACGGAAUUCAUCACCGACAGAGGGACCUACUGCUACAAGCUUGGCAACACCAUGGAAGUGUACAUCGACGACAUGUUAGUCAAAUCGCUCAAGGCCGAUGAUCACCUAGACAACUUACGCGACUGCUUCAAGAUCUUAAACGACUACGGGAUGAAGCUCAACCCGGCCAAGGGCAAUAAGAGGUUCGUCUGGGACGAAAAGUGCGAGGAGGCGUUUAAUCAAGUCAAGCAUUACCUCACAACCCCCCCAGUACUAUCAAAGCCAGAAGCCGGCGACACAUUGUCUCUCUACAUAGCCGUCACAUCCUCCGCCGUCAGCAGCGUGCUCAUUCGAGAAGAUCGAGGAGAACAGAAGCCAAUCUUUUACACAAGUAAAAGAAUGACCGAGCCGGAGACGAGAUACCCAACACUCGAAAAGAUGGCCUUAGCUGUCUUCACCUCGGCCAGAAAACUGCGACCCUACUUUCAGUCGCACACGAUUGAAGUACUGUCCAACCAACCACUCAGAACGGUUAUGCAGAAUACUAACCAGCCAGAACGGUUGACUAAGUGGGCGAUGGAGCUGAGAGAACAUGACAUCGUGUACAAGAAUCGCACAGCAGCAAAGUCACAGGGUCGGGGGCAUGAGUGCAACUGCAAUCACCAACAGGAGAACUCAUCCGGCAGUCAUUCAGUUUUGGUUUUGCGGCGUCAAACAACGAAGCUGAGUACGAAUCCCUCACGUCUCGCCAAGGCAGUAAAGGCCAAAAGAAUCAGCGCUUACUGCGAUUCUCAACUUGUUGUAAGCCAGUACCACGGCGAUUACGACGUCCGCAACGAAAGGAUGGACGCCUACCUCAAACUCGUCCAAGACCUCACGCGAGACUUCGAGUUCUUCGAACUCACGAAGGUUCCUCGCGGAGAAAAUGUCUGUGCCGACGCCCUCGCUGCUCUAGGAAGCAAGCUACACGAUCAAGUCAAGAGGACAAUCCCAAUCCAUAAAAUCGAGAAACCGAGCAUCGACACGAAGGAGAAACAGACUGCAAUCGCAGCAGCGAUUAGCGAAGCGAUGGACAUCGACGAAGCAGAACCUCCUUCGCAGGAUGAUCAGCCAACAGAUUGGCGCAAGGAAAUCAUCGAUUAUCUCGCUGAAGGUUUAUUGUCCACCGAGAAAUGGGACGCGCUGCGACUGAAGCGACGUAGUGCGCACUACGUUGUCAUGGACGGGGAACUACACCGAUGGACCGCGAUGAAGGUGCUACUCAAAUGUAUCUCCGGCGAAGAAAAGAGACUAGUCAUGGCCGAGACACAUGAAGGAGCAGAAGGCAAUCACUCGGGCGGACGACCAUGA